CAACAGAGGGUUAUAGGUAGCGGUUGAAACAAAGGCCCACCUCCUGCAAUUGGCAGAUACAUGAAUGUUGCACUUGUUCAAUUUGUAAUGUUCAUUGUGCGAAACUAUUAUGCCCCAUUUGGCAUAGAACAAAACCCGAAGGAUGAACUUCCGCUGCCAGCAGAGAAAAUAUUUUUUUCAAAUCAUAUGUGGACCAUGGGCGCCAGCCUACGCUAGUUGGCCUCCUGUGAAGUAAAUCUAUGACGUCAUCGGAACAGGCCUGUGCGUCGAGUCUCUUUGUUAACAGUUCGACAAUUGUGAUCCUACGACUGUUGUGUCACAGCAAACCAUUAUUUAUAUAAAUACCACACAUGGUAGCUACCUCUACAGCAGUUUCCGUUAUUUAAUGAAAUACUCUUUUUCCCAGAAAAGCAAAGUAAUCGGACCAAUACGUACAACAUGUCAACUCUCCUUUCGGAAACGGAAAAAUAUAACUUUAUUAGCGUCAUAGACAGAGGAACAUUUGGACAGGUGGCGACGUUCCAGCGGCAGAGCGAUUUAAAAACUGUGGCAAUAAAGACAUUGCCCCUCAGCAGCGCCAAUAUGUUAAAACGUGAAACCAGACUUCUAGCUGCCCUCGCCCGUGAAAAUUUGGAGCAAAGCCAUAUCGUGCAUUUUUUCGAAUCUUUUCGAGACCAAGAGUACCAACACAUGGUCUUCGAGGUUCUGGAUAAAAACUUGUAUCAGUUUCAGGCGGAUAUCGGUUUCAAGUCUCUGUCCAUCCGAGAUAUCCGUACUAUUACAUUCCAAGUCCUCACAGCUCUGAGUAAAUUGAAGGCUAUCGGAAUCGUUCAUGCUGAUAUCAAACCGGAAAACGUAAUGCUCGUCGAUCAGAGCCAACACCCCUUCCGAGUGAAGCUGAUCGAUUUCGGUUCCUCUUACACCAUCGAUGAAGCGGACGCCUUACGGGUUUCCUACCUCCAAACCAGAUACUACAGGGCUCCUGAGAUUGUUCUGGGACUGCCCUUCUGUGAGAAGAUGGACAUCUGGUCGCUGGGCUGCAUGGCGGCCGAACUGUACCUCGGCCAUCCCCUCUACCCGGCGAAUUCGGAGCUGGAGCUGCUACACUACAUGUGCGAGACCCUCGGAAUGCUCCCCACCAGCCUCCUCAACUCCGCCAGCAAGGCCAAGUACUUCUUCGACCUGGUUAAGAGACGCGUGGGGGAGUCCCAGUGGAAGCUCAAGCCCACCCAGCAGAGGCUGUCUCUGACCGGGAGGCGGAGCUUGAGGAGGCACGUGGUGACCUCGCUGGCCCACCUGGAGAAGGGCGUCCCCGUGGCCGGCUUCGGGAGGGAGGACGCGGUGGAGAUGUUCGACCGCUGGUGCAUGGUGGACCUGCUGAAGAGGAUGCUGACACUGGACGCGCGGAGCAGAAUCGACGCCGGCCAGGCUCUCCGCCACCCAUUCGUCACCCUGCAGCACCUCCGUGCGUCCGACGGCUACCGCCAGUACUACGAUUCCUCGCUGCGGGGGUACAGGGAGGCUCUGAUCCCCCGCCAGCCCAGCCCGGACGUCCCUGACCGGACCCUGGCGCCCCCCAGGGAGAAACGGUCCCUGAGGAGCUCGCUGCGGUCGUUCUUCGCCCGCCUCUGCGUUCUGAAGCGCAGGAAGAAGCCCGUCGGCCCCCGGCCCGCCUCGGACCACAUGAAGGGGCAGCCAGCUCUGCCAGGCCCGCAGGCGAAGGAGGACAGCGCCGAGGGUUUCGGGACAGCCGAAAAAGGACACGAAAGCCCGCCGGCAGGCACCGUGGCAAGCACCAGCCAGGCGACGUGCGACGAGGAGCCAGCCCCGCUGUCCUGGUCCCCCUAAAGCGGGAGACUCUUCCCCAACCUCCUGCAGGGUCCAGAGCGCCACUGUGGCGAGGUGAUCACGGAGCUGCCUACUACCCAGAAUCCAGGCUUCAUCCCGGGCCUACGCCUCCUGCCACUCAGUUCAGUCGCUCGCCAACACUGAGAUACAGACGCUGGAGACCCCUUGCCCUCUGCCUACCCCCUUCUGCCACACUCUGGCCCGGGGUGGAACUGGUCUUCUCAGGUGCUCUUGGAGAUCGUCCCGCUCGGCUCCUUCUCAGACACGCCAACGUCCAAACUGGAGCGCUCAAAGUCAGGAGGCCUCCGUCCCACAGCUCCUCUCCUGGGUCUCCUCCGCCAUGUUGCAGUUAAACAUGAGUGUGGAGUGUAGGUUGCUCGGCAACAUGCUCCGCCCAGCAGCUGUCAUUGGCUCAUUGAGAGAGGCGCAUCACCCGGCUUCGGCUGGGCUGGCAAACAGAAACGGGUGCUUUCUGAAAUGGAGUGAAAUACAUGUACCUUACAAACAAUACUUCAGAGGAUGAAUGUACCUUACCAGUUAAAAUGAGUAAGACUCUAGAACAUGCUGUUUCCAAAAAAACAUGACAGAUGCAAUUUUUUGUUCAAAGACAGUAAUGAAGUAAUAAAUACAGUUAAGCUGAAACACUGUUCACUGUUCUCCAUACUGUACCAUUAAAGCUGAGCUGCGCAACCCUG